UUCCAUAGAAAGCAGAAUGGGUGACCAUAUUGUUCAGCAGCAGAGAAGCUAUUGGUGGAGAUGGAGCAAACAAGAUUUCUUGCCGGAAGAAUCCUUCCAGAGUUUGAGCAAUUACCGGACUGCUCUGUCACAGACAUGGUUUCGAUUCAUGGACCGUCUUCAAAGCAGAUCAUUUGACGAAAAUGAAAUCGGGGAGCUAAGAAAACGAAGUGAGAAUGAAAUGAAACGCUGCUUAACUUGGUGGGAUCUCACCUGGUUUGGAUUUGGGGCUGUAAUUGGCGCAGGGAUCUUCGUUCUUACAGGCCAAGAAGCCAAUAAACAUGCUGGACCAGCCAUUGUUCUGUCCUAUGUAGCUUCCGGUGUUUCUGCAAUGCUCUCUGUUUUUUGCUAUACAGAGUUCGCCGUUGAAAUCCCAGUUGCAGGGGGCUCUUUUGCUUACCUGAGGAUUGAAUUGGGGGACUUUGCUGCUUUCAUCACUGCUGGCAACAUUCUCCUCGAGAGCAUUGUCGGUACCGCCGCUGUCGCCCGAGCUUGGACUUCUUACUUAACCUCGCUGCUGGACAGACCCGACAAUUCGUUGCGUAUCCACACAAAUCUGAAAGAUGGGUUCAAUCUUCUUGACCCAAUUGCUGUUGGGGUCUUGACGAUCGCUGCAACGAUAGCGAUGAUCAGCACGAGGAAAACUUCAUACCUGAAUUGGAUUGCUUCCGCAGUUAAUACAGUGGUGAUUCUGUUUGUUAUAAUUGCUGGUUUCGUACAUGCUGAUAAGUCAAAUUUGACUCCUUUUGUGCCAUUUGGGGUUAAAGGAGUGUUCCAAGCUGCUGCAAUUGUGUACUUUGCAUAUGGAGGUUUUGAUAACAUUGCUACAAUGGCUGAGGAAACUAAAAAUCCAUCAAAAGACAUACCUUUGGGAUUGUUGGGAUCAAUGUCGGUUAUCACUGUGAUAUACUGUCUGAUGGCUCUGUCGCUGAGUAUGAUGCAGAAGUAUACUGAUAUCAACCCAGAUGCAGCCUACUCUGUUGCCUUUGAGAGUGUUGGAAUGAAAUGGGCCAAGUAUUUGGUGGCUCUUGGUGCUCUGAAGGGGAUGACUACUGUUCUUCUGGUUGGGGCGCUCGGGCAAGGUCGGUAUAUAACGCACAUUGCUCGAGCUCACAUGAUUCCUCCUUGGUUUGCUCUUGUUCAUCCAAAGACUGGAACUCCGAUUAAUGCUACACUGUUGAUUACCGUAGCAAGUGGUUCAGUUGCUUUCUUCUCUAGCUUGGAUGUUCUGGCGAGCUUGUUGUCGGUCAGCACGCUGUUCGUCUUUAUGAUGAUGGCCGUGGCGCUUCUGGUCAGGAGAUACUAUGCUAGAGGGGUCACUCCACGGUCACACCAGUUGAAGCUUUUCAUUCUACUGAUAACCAUCAUUGCUUCCUCCAUGGCAACUUCUGCAUACUGGGGGCUUUACCCAAAUGGUUGGGUAGGAUACGUCGUGACCGUUCCCAUAUGGUUUCUAGGGACGUUGGGGAUUUCAUUGCUUCUGCCAAUGCAAAGAAAGCCGAAUGUUUGGGGCGUACCGCUCGUGCCAUGGCUGCCGAGUUUGUCGAUUGCAACCAACGUCUUUCUCAUGGGAUCAUUGGGUCCUGAGGCUUUUGAAAGAUUUGGAAUCUGCACACUCGUGAUGCUUAUCUAUUAUGUUUUCUUUGGUCUUCAUGCAACCUAUGAUAUGGCUCAUCAAGACGACAAAUUAAUGACCCAAAAGCAGAUCAAUGAAGAAACCACGCCCAGUGCAGGACCUUAGAUUUUGAUCUUGGAGGAAAAUGCAUUUCAGCUCCAAGGCAAUCAAAUUAUCAUUCCUGAACCUGAUAUUUGCAGUCAGAGAAUUGUUCACGAAACAAAGCUCUAGUAACGAAAUUCUGGCAGUUGGUUCUCUCCAACAUACAAGUAUACUGUUCUAUUAAUGCCUUUUGUUUCCAGAUUACGCAUGGCGCGCUGCUCUGUUUCUGGCUUUUUGCAUAAUAUAGUAUGUAUUACUUUGCUUCAA